AGAAGCCUAAUAACUGAGUGAUUGGGUUUCAGGCCCCACUGGUCAAGGUCCCAGAAAUGCUAAAUUGGAGGGUGGCAAUGAAAUGUAACGACAAACUCAAAAUGUCGUAUCUUUGAACAACAUGGGCAAAUCAAUAAAAUAACUUUGUUUGCGCAACUCCUUCCUCUUUCACCGACUGUCGUCUCACACUCUCUUCUUCCCUCCCACCACCUUACUACACCCAAAAAAAUAACUCUCUUUUCUUCAAAUUCGCUUCUCUCAAACACAAAAGUCAAUUCCCACAUUACCAAAUCCCUGUAAAUUCCGUUUCCUCAGAGCUUCUUUCUGUCUGAGCUGUCAUUUCCCUUUAUAUUAUUCAAAACACCCUCCCAAAAUUGUUUAAUAAAAUAAAAUCAACCAAAGUUUCAAACUUUCCCAAAUUUGUUUGUAAAUUCAAUCUGUUUUCGUCUUCUUUUUUUUAUAUGGGCUGAAUGUAAUUGGGGUUUACUCAAUUGGGAAUGGAGAACAGUGGAGAAGCAGUAGAUGAUGAGGGCUCUGGAUGGUUCGAAGUGAAAAAGAAAAAUAGAAGUAGCUCAAAGUUCUCUCUACAGAGUUGGGUUGGGGGAUUUUCUGGAAAAAAUGCUUCUAACCAUUCGAGUAGUCAGACCUCAUCAAGUGAAAACAGUGGAAAUUCUUGUGGCAAGCGCAGAUCCCAGCUUCCAAAGGUACGAGAAAAUUAUGUGGUACAUAGCCGGGGAAUUGAUUCAAUUCCUGUCCCAAAUGAAAACAAAAUGGGUGCGCCCUAUAUUAAUACCGGUGUUAUUAGGCAAGAUACUAGAUGUCCUAAGUCACCUCCUUUUAUUAAAAAUUCUGAUGGUGGAACUAGAGAUGUUGAGAAAAUCCCUGCAAAAGAUAAUUCUGAAGUGGUUCAUAAAAUCAAGUGGGGUGAUCUCGAGGAUGAGGGUUUGGCACUUCCUCAUGCUAACCUUGUCGGCACCAGAAUCAAGUUUGGUGCUAUUGGAGAUGAUAAUCUGGUGGCCUCUAGUGAGCAUGGAAUUGUUCAUAAUUUUGCUUCUUGUGCAAAUUCACAAGAAAACACAUUGGUGGCAGAAUCUGUGGAUGCACGUAUUGUUUCUCAUCAGAUGUUUUCAGUGACCGCUAAGGACCAAUUACGUGAAGAUAACUGUAAGGAGGUGAAUAUAAUAUCUUCUCAAAAUGCUGAAGAGCCAAUAUUGAAUGGGAAAAAGGUUGAUCUGGAUAACAAUGUUUCGCAUUGCAAGGAUAUACAUACUGAACACAUCGAAGAAGUAGUUGAUGAUCAUUUAAGCGCCCGUACUUUAGCUGGUGAAGAGGCUGGGGUAGUGGGGAAACUUCAGGCACCUGUUAUUCUAUCUGAGGUAGGUGACCCUGAAAUUGCUGAAGUAUCAGGGAAAAUUGGGGGUUCAAGUGAAGUUCAUAUUGCCAAAGAUAAAGGAUUAGUUCCAACAGAGAGUGAUCCUGAAAUUUUGGGAGUGUCUACCUUCACAGCCUCUGUUGAGGAUCAUGGGGAUCAACAAUGUGGUAUAAUACAUGAUAUGUCAAACUCACAAAAUGUGAGUGCCCUUGGAGACGACACAGGGGAAAGCAAAGAAAGGUUUAGGCAGCGGCUUUGGUGCUUUCUUUUUGAGAAUCUUAAUAGGGAUGUGGACGAACUUUAUCUUCUUUGUGAACUAGAAUGCGAUUUAGAGCAGAUGAAAGAGGCCAUUCUUGUUCUUGAAGAGGCUGCCUCUGAUUUUAGAGAUCUAAGCACCAGAGUGGAAGACUUUGAGAAAAUAAAAAGGUCAUCUUCUCAGUUGAUUGAUGGGGUGCCGGUUACGUUGAAGAGUGAUCAUCGUAGGCCACAUGCUCUCUCAUGGGAGGUUAGAAGAAUGACAACUUCAGCACACAAAGCAGAGAUACUAUCGUCAUCUCUCGAGGCUUUUAAGAAAAUUCAACAAGAAAGAGCUAGCAUGUGUGCGGCUAAUGAUGCUAAACUUCUGAGCCCUCAGUACCUAAAUCUCCGAUCUGGUGAUAAGCUGAAUAAGCCAUCUGCAAUAAAUGAUGAGAAAGGCAAUGCUAAAGAUUCGAUAAAAAAGUCGAGAAAACAGAGUGGAGGUUCAGAUCUCGGUGAAGCUGACCUGAAUGGAGGAAAAUGGAGUACUGAGUCAUCGAGCAAAACAAACUUAGUACAAACUGAACGUGCCCCUAAGAAUUCAUCUACUUCUGUUGUUAAUGCAUCUAGGCUACCUCCUAGGGACAAUUCUGUUGCUGGAAAGACUAAGAGUAAGCAGUCUGGAUCCGAAGCAGAGAGGCUGCUCCCUAAGAAAGAAAAAUUGAUUAUAGACGGUGUUGUUGAAAAAUUCCCCAGAUUGACGGAUCAGUCCAAAAAGCAAAUUCCUCUAGUCGAGAAAGAUAAAGGAAAGAGGAAUUCAGCUCCAUGGAAAUCCAUGGAUGCUUGGAAAGAGAAGAGGAACUGGGAGGAUGUACUCUCAUCUCCUUUCCGUGUCUCUUCUCGUGUUUCACGUUCACCUGGCAUGAGGAGGAAAAGUGCCGACCGUGCACGUAUGUUGCAUGAUAAACUAAUGUCUCCUGAAAAGAAAAAGAAAACUGCUUUGGAUCUGAAGAGAGAAGCAGAAGAAAAGCAUGCCCGUGCUCUGAGAAUCAAAAGUGAGCUAGAUAAUGAGAGAGCUCAGAAACUUCAUCGUAAUUCUGAAAAGGUGUAUCGAGCUAGUGAAUUUCAUGCUGUCCGCAACAUGAAGUUACGAGAAGGAAUAUAUGCUCGUCAUCAACGCAGUGAGUCUCGCCAUGAAGCUUUUCUAGCUCAAGUAGUAAAGAGAGCUGGUGAUGAAAGCAGUAAAGUUAACGAGGUUCGUUUCAUAACUUCCUUAAAUGAAGAAAAUAAAAAACUUAGUUUGCGCCAGAAGCUUCAUGAUUCAGAGUUGAGGAGAGCUGAAAAACUUCAAGUUAUAAGAACUAAACAGAAAGAGGAUAUGGCAAGAGAAGAAGCUGUUUUAGAACGGAGGAAACUCAUUGAAGCUGAAAAGUUGCAGCGUCUUGCUGAGACACAGCGGAGAAAGGAAGAGGCUCAAGUUAGAAGGGAAGAGGAGCGCAAAGCAUCAAGUGCAGCACGUGAAGCAAGGGCCAUGGAACAACUUCGUAGGAAGGAGGAAAGAGCCAAAGCCCAGCAGGAGGAGGCUGAACUUCUGGCCCAGAAAUUGGCUGAGAGACUUAGUGAAAGUGAGCAACGGCGCAAGUUUUACUUGGAGCAGAUACGAGAGAGAGCGUCUAUGGAUUUCAGGGAUCAAUCUUCUCCUUUAUUGCGUCGAAAUCUGAACAAGGAGGGUCAGGGAAGAUCAUCAAUCAACAGUGGUGAUGAUUAUCAAAGUAGCAGCUUCUCAGGCUUAGGAGGGUCUACUUUAGUGGCAAGCAAUGUUACAGCACAACAUUCAAUGAAGCGGAGGAUCAAAAGAAUUCGGCAAAGACUUAUGGCUCUAAAAUAUGAAUUUCCUGAGCCUCCUGUUGGUGCUGAAAAUGCUAGCAUUGGAUACAGAACGGCACUGGGAACUGCAAGGGCAAAGAUUGGAAGAUGGCUUCAAGAACUUCAAAGACUCCGGCAGGCAAGAAAAGAAGGGGCUGCAAGUAUUGGGUUAAUAAUUGCUGAAAUGAUCAAGUAUUUGGAGGGAAAGGAGCCAGAACUGCAGGCUUCUCGCCAAGCUGGUUUGCUUGAUUUCAUAGCUUCUGCCCUACCUGCUUCUCAUACAUCGAAACCUGAAGCCUGCCAAGUGACAAUACACCUUUUAAAGCUUUUAAGGGUGGUGUUAUCUGUGCCUGCAAACAGGAGUUAUUUUCUCGCACAGAAUCUCUUGCCUCCUAUCAUUCCGAUGCUGUCAGCAGCCCUUGAGAGCUACAUUAAGAUAGCAGUAUCCUUGAACCUUUCUGGUAACGGUAAUUCUCUAUCAAGCAAAACCUCAGCUGAAAAUUUUGAAUCAAUAUCUGAGGUGCUGGAUGGUUAUUUGUGGACUGUGACAACAAUUGUCAGUCAUAUAAGUUCUGAUGAACAACAGCUCCAAAUGCGGGAUGGCUUGCUUGAGCUGUUGAUUGCCUACCAAGUUAUUCAUCGGCUGCGAGAUCUCUUUGCACUUUAUGAUCGGCCCCAGGUGGAAGGGUCACCAUUUCCAUCUUCAAUUCUCUUAAGUAUAAAUUUAUUGGUUGUUUUAACAUCCAGAUCUGAAAUGAAUUGCUCUAUCGAUUGGAAAUAUGUACCUAUUGAAACAGUGGUAGGGAAUGGAAGUGAAGAGGCUAAAUUUCCAGGGGGUGAUAGUACUGAAGAUCUUCCUCUAACUCAGUCCUUGGGAGAUUCUAGACCUCCAUUAUCUGUGCAAAAUGGUGGUACAGUUGUACAUCUACCAGAUGUACCAGAGGAUGGUCCGUUAGAUGAAUCAUGUAUUAUAAAUAAGUCUACUGAGGCAGUAUCCACUGGUAAGGAUAGUGAAAAAGAGCAGUCUAAUAGUUUGGUUGAAGCAAGAAAUGAUAACACAAUCAAGACUGAUCUUCCAGAUGAAACCCAGAAAUUUCCAAGUGAGGAUACUCUGGAGCCUUUUGCAUCACAGAAGGAUGGGAAGCACUUGGUUGAUAAUGGUGCAGUACAAAAGAAUGAAAUCAUCGUGAGUUUGGAACAACCAGUAGCGUUUCUUCUUACUGCUGUGUCGGAGACUGGGCUUGUCAGCCUCCCUUCUCUGUUGACAUCUGUGUUACUGCAGGCAAACAAUAGAUUGUCUUCUGAACAGACUUCAGAUGUCCUUCCCUCUAAUUUUGAAGACGUGGCAACUGGAGUACUGAAGGUGUUGAACAAUUUGGCUCUUUUGGAUAUUAAAUUCAUGCAGAGAACGCUAGCUAGGCCAGACCUGAAAAUGGAAUUUUUCCACUUGAUGAGUUUCCUUCUGUCCCAUUGCACCAGCAAGUGGAAAGUAGCUAAUGAUCAGGUGGGUUUUCUUCUGCUUGAAUCUCUUUUGCUCCUUGGCCACUUUGCCUUGUUCCACCUUGGGAAUCAGGCCGUCCUUCGCUGGGGAAAGAGUCCUACCAUCAUUCACAAGGUAUGCGAUUUACCAUUUGUAUUCUUCAGUGACCCUGAGUUGAUGCCAGUCUUGGCUGGCACCCUAGUUGCUGCCUGCUAUGGGUGUGAGCAGAACAAGGGCGUGGUUCAGCAGGAAAUCAGUACAGAUAUGUUACUCUCCUUGUUACGAUCUUGCAGAAAUAUCUUGCCAGCAGUUAGAUCCAAUUCAAACUUAGACACUUUCCCAGCGGAUGACGUUCCCCUAAGAUCUGGACGUAACAAUACCAAAAGCACUAAGGUUAUUUUGGGAAAGGGUGGUGGUUCAGGAAACAGCAUGAGAAUUGGCAAGAUGAGAAGCCACAGAGAAAGCAAAGUAACAAAGAGUUAUGAAGAGACGGCUCUGAAGCAUAAUCUUCCAGUCUCAGAAACUUCCUCUAUGAUGUUGCAUUGUAGAUUUCCUAUCAGUUUCAUUGAUAGAGCAGAAGACUUCUUUUCCAGUGGGACCCCCUGAAUUGGUGAAGUAUGAGCUCGCACGGCGCAUGGAUAGAGUUUCCUUAUGACAGAGAACAUCUUAGGUGUGUGCGCAUGCUAAGUUUUGUUUCCUUUUUGGCAUUCUGGCUUUCAUUUCUGAGUUGAAACGUUCAAUCUGAAAUUUUCAGAAGUUUCCUCUGAAAAUGAAACUGCAACAGGCUUACGACUGUUGGCAUGAGGAAUGUAGGCAUCAGUGACAAAGGGUUAUAGCUCUUUUGGCUAGAUAGAGUGAGCUAGUAGGUCAAUAUAUAAUUUGCCAAAAAACACGUUACCAAAUUCUGACUUUUCGAAAACGUGAGUUUUUAAGGGGUUAUUAGGGACGUCGGGACAUAUCAGACUUGAAUGGGCAAGGCAAAACACGCAUGUAUUGUAACACGAAUGAAGGCAAAAUUGUUGUUGCCUGCCUAGCUUAUAUACAUGUGUACAGAAUUGACAGUUUUAACAAUAAAAGAAUACUUGUAUAUUAAACAGAAUUACAUUUCA